UGUGGUUUGUGGGUUAGCGGUUGAGCGUUGUUGUUUUUAAAAUGUGAUUUUUGAGUAUGCAGCAAGGGUAGUUUCUUAGAUUUGAGGGCUUUGAGUAAAUAAUCUGCGAUAGAAUUAUUUUAUUAUUCUUUAUAUGUUAUAUAUCCUGAAAUGAAGACUAAACAGUCAAUAAGUCGUGUACAGGAACCAUAUAGCAAGAGGAGCAUGAGUUCCAGUUCAACAUGUUCAACAUUGAAAAGUGUCAAAGAUGAACACUGGGAUGGAGUUAAUCAGGUGAAAAUGGAGAAUCAGUUAGUAGUUGGGGUUAAAUCCGAAAAACCAGAAGCAGAACCAACUGUGAACAACACAAAGUUUGAAAAUAUGGACAUUUGGACACUAAAUGAAGAGUUUGAUAUCAAAAAUGAAUGUGAAAAUGCUGUAUCUGAUAGAAUUAAAGUUGAAGCUGAUUCGAGAGCAGAUACAGUUAACCAGAUGAAAAUGGAGUUCCAAGAAUCUGAAAAGCUGGAAGAAAAACCAGAUUUAAGGAGCACAAAUCUUGAAAAUAUGGACGCGUUAGGGCUACAUCACGAAUUUGACAUCAAAACUGAGAGUGACCAAGAUGACAGGCAUGAUUCGGGGUCCGAUAGGUUUGGAGACUCCGAUUGUCAAAAACUUCUUUAAUGUAGGUAUACACGCUACUGAAGUAUGAUGAAUUUUCAGAUUUUUUGAUUGUUUACUUUGUCUGUCGCAGAUGCUUAGGUUAGA